UGCCAAUGUCGAACGUUUAAAUUUUUUAAUUUGAAAUAACAACCGUUUACUCAGCUUAUUAUUGAUAGAAAAAGCUUUAAAAAUCUUAUGUAUCGACAUGUGACAGUAUAGAAACUUUAUGGUUGAAAGUAUUUUCUAAUAAUGGCUCUAUCAGCUCCUGGGACACCCAGGAACUAUUUAGGGGCAGUUAAAAAAACAGGAAUUUUAAAAGAUAAAACGAAUCGGAAUAUACCGAAGACUCCUAAACCUCAAUUUUCAACCCCUAAAAUAAAUUAUGCCACUCCGAAAUCAAGAAGAGUCGAGGUUGUCCAAAAUACCCCAGAUUGCUUCAACCCUGUCACUGUUGAAACCCCUAUCGCACACCGAAGAAGCAAAGAAAAGUUUGAUGAAGUCAGUAAUUUAAUAGUAGCUGUGAGAAUAAGGCCAAUGAAUAGCAGGGAACUGGCAUGUGUUGGAGCCACUGAUGUAGUUCGAGUUCUUAAUAAGGAGUUGACAAUCCGAACACAAAUGUUGGGCACCACAGGUAUGAGCACUGAUCAUAUUUUUCAGUAUGAUCACGUGUUCUGGUCCAGUAACGAAUUAAAUCCAGCAUAUACCUCCCAGGAAGAUGUGUUCAGGGCUCUAGGUGAACCUCUUCUCGACAGUGCCUUUCAGGGCUACAACGCUUGCUUAUUUGCCUACGGGCAAACCGGUUCCGGCAAGAGCUUCAGCAUGAUGG